CAUAUCGCUAUCAUUUUUUCAGAAAGUACAGACUGCCGUACACAGCGGGCCAAGGCUAUGUUGCAAUUGCAAAACAACCCUCAAAAUGGCAAUUACAUUCCUACAUGCACUGGCGAGAGUGAUUUACUGUACGACGAAGUUCAGUGCCAUCGGUUAUCACAGUUCUGUUGGUGUGUAAAUCCAGAAACUGGAGUGCCUAUCCUCGGCACUUCAAAGUAUAAUGCUAAACCAGACUGUAGUCGCAAAAAUUUUACAUUGAAUGCUGAUAACCGAGAAAUUAAAGGCAAGAAGAAAGCAAAAUUCUUCCAACGUUUAUUUUCGUCGCUAAUUAGUGAUUGGAUUUUAACUGUCGGAGAAGAUUUGGUCGAUAAUUCUGUAACAAAUAAGGAUAAAGCUGUUCACUGGAAAUUUGAGCAACUUGACGUUAACAAAAAUGGGCUUCUGGAAAGAAAAGAAUGGAAAGGAUACAGGAAUGAGAUUAAACUUUUCAACAGAGUUAGAAAAUGUGGUAGGAAUUUUAUGAGAUUUUGUGACGUCGACGGAAAUAGAAGGAUAACCCUCAAUGAAUGGAUUAACUGUACAAUUAACGGAAGAACGAAAAUAAAAUUUCCUCGUAAGAAUCCAUUCCUCGAUAUUCUUCGUCCUGAAGACGAUUAA